AUGAAGCAAACGAUGAGGAGGCUCUCCCUGGUGUUCGGCCUGACCGGCCUCUGCGCCUUCGUCUACCUAUUUGAUGCCGCACAGAACACAGCUUCUAUCAUCUCCAUCUCGUCCGAGGUGUCUUCCACAACAGGCGUUGUCCCAUUCAACAAAUCAAGUGGAAAUUACGAGUUCCCGCCCUGCGAUAUGAAGUAUAUGGAGUAUACCCCUUGCCAUGACCCACGACGGGCGAUGAAGUUUGAGAGGACGGCGAUGAUCUACCGGGAGAGACACUGCCCCGCCAAAGACGGACUCCUCCGGUGUCUCAUACCCGCUCCUCCCAACUACAAGAGGCCCUUCGCAUGGCCUCAGAGCAGAGACUUUGCCUGGUAUGAUAACAUUCCCCACAGGAACCUCAGCGACAAUAAGGCGGUCCAGAAUUGGGUUGUUGUAGUGGAAGACAGAUUUCGCUUUCCCGGAGGUGGGACGAUGUUCCGCGGCGGAGCUGACUCCUACAUAGACCGGAUAAAUGCCCUCAUUCCCCUCACAGACGGAAGCAUUAGGACAGCAAUGGACACUGGCUGCGGGGUAAGAUUGGACUGAACCCAACUGAUCUUUCCUUAAUCAGUAAUUUUACCACCGAGAAAUGAUUUUAGCAUGAAAUGAUACGACGUUUAGAUCAAAAUCGAUCCUUAUGCUAAAAAUAGUCAUGUCUAUUUAUUCCUAGGUUGUAGCUCACCUAAUCAAUGUAAGAUUGCAAGUAGAGAGUAUGAAGUUAUUUGGCCAUCGAACUUAAUAUCAAAUUUUUCAAUUAAAAAGAUAAAAGUACCAUGCAAAAUCCUAUAAUUAAAGACUAGUUUUUAUUUAGUUAUUCAAAUCGUAUUCAAAUGUAUUGCGUGGCGAAUAGAAUUUAGAUUGGGGAUCCAUAGGAAAGACCAUGACUUUAAUACUAAAGGAAAAUAUUUCUGUAUUUUAUUUUAAACCAAUUAAUUGCAAUCAAAAAGCAUCGGUAGAAAGAAAUUUAGGGAUUUUUAUUUUAUUUUUUCUAUCCUGAACACACCCUCAUAUGGGGAGGUAUUUUGCUUAAACUGCCACGCUGAUAGUAGAUGUCAGUUGAUUGUGUAAUAAUCAUGUGUUGUCGCCUUGAAAAAUAUAUGUCAGACCUUCAAAGCCUGAAUCAGCUAGUUAAAUUUUUUAAUCCGUAUAUUUUAUUUUUUUGAUUAAUGGGGAACUUCCAUAAUUAAUUGGUAUCACACCUUUGUCAAGGUGGGAAGCUGGGGAGCGUACCUUCUGAAUCGGGGUGUCUUGACCAUGUCGUUUGCCCCGAGGGACUCUCACAUAUCCCAGGUUCAGUUCGCACUGGAACGUGGAGUUCCAGCCAUGAUUGGGGUCGUGGGAGCUCAUCGGCUUCCAUAUCCAGCGAGGGCAUUUGACAUGGCUCACUGCUCGCGUUGCCUGAUCCCUUGGCAUGCUGAAGGUGUCCCUUCUCCCAUUUUCGGCGAUCGGGUGUAUUUCUUAAUGUUUACGAUUAUCUUCGUGUUUAUAUUUCAGAUGGUAUCUUCCUGGCUGAAGUUGACAGAGUUCUGAAGCCAGGAGGCUUCUGGAUUCUUUCUGGCCCGCCAAUCAAUUGGAGGAAGUCUCACCGAAGUUGGGGCCGGACUCCGGAGGACUUGGAGAAAGAACAGGAUAAGAUAGAGGACUUGGCAAAGCGCCUUUGCUGGGACAAGUUCAUCGAAAAUGGAGAGUUUGCCAUAUGGAAGAAGCCCAUCAACCACAAAAAUUGCAUUAACGGCCAGAAGUCGGAGAGAACACACGCUAUCUGCAGUGGUGGAACUCCCGACGCCGCAUGGUAUAAGAAAAUUGAGCCCUGCAUCACAUCAUUACCAGAGGUGAGCAAUGAGGAAGAAGUUGCCGGCGGAGUACUGGAGAACUGGCCUAGCAGAGCAUCCACCGUUCCUCCGAGAAUUACAAGCGGGUCCAUUCCCGGAAUAACCUCCGACAGAUUUCUGGAGGACGGAAGGCAAUGGUCGGAGCGGGUAAAACACUACCAGGAUACCAUCUUAGAUCUUUCCGCGGGACGAUACCGCAAUGUCAUGGACAUGAACGCCAAUCUAGGAGGGUUUGCAGCAGCGCUAGUUGACUACCCUGUAUGGGUGAUGAACGUGGUUCCUGUUGACUCGGACCGUGAUACACUUGGAGUUAUUUACGAGAGAGGAUUCAUCGGAACUUACCAAGACUGGUGCGAAGCCUUCUCCACUUAUCCAAGGACGUAUGAUCUCCUUCAUGCCGAUGCCAUCUUCAGUAUGUACCAGUACAGGUGAGAAAUCCCAUAGUCAUCAAGAUAAUCAUUGAUAGGAAUCACUGUGAGUUUCACGAUUUUUUGUUUAUAUCAUUGCAGGUGUGAUUUGGAGUAUAUUCUGCUUGAGAUGGAUAGAAUUCUGAGACCCGAAGGAACGGUACUCAUUCGGGAUACAGUAGAGGUCCUAUUGAAGGUUCAGGAAAGAGCGGAAGGUAUGAAAUGGAAGACCCAGAUGACGGACCCAGAGAGCGGAUCCUCUGUCCCGUGGAAGAUUCUUGUGGCUGUCAAGAGCUACUGGACUGGCGUAGACGCCCUAGAGACCAAAUGA